GUUUUCUGAGCAGCAUGAGUUCAAAAAGCCAAAUGAUGAUCGUGCUCUGCAUCUAAUGACCAAGUGUGCCCAGACAGUGAUGGAAGAACUGGAGGAUAUUGCUAUUGCUUAUGGACAGAGUGAUGAAUACAGUUUUAUUUUCAAAAAGAAGAGUAGAUGGUUUAAAAGAAGAGCAAGUAAGUUCAUGACUCAUGUGGUCUCCCAGUUUGCCUCAAGUUACGUUUUCUACUGGAAGGAUUACUUCAAGGACCAGCAACUUCUGUACCCACCGGGAUUUGAUGCCCGAAUUGUGUUGUAUCCCAGCAACCAGAAUUUAAAGGACUACCUCAGCUGGAGACAAGCAGAUUGCCAUAUUAAUAACCUUUACAAUACAGUGUUUUGGAUGCUCGUACAGCGAAGUGGUUUGACACCAGUGCAAGCACAGGAUAGACUGCAGGGGACUUUGGCUGGAGAUAAGAAUGAAAUACUAUUUUCUGAAUUCAACAUCAACUACAACAAUGAACCUUUGAUGUAUAGAAAAGGAACUGUCUUAGUAUGGCAAAAGGUUAAUGAAGUCAUGACUAAGAAAAUCAAACUGCCAAAGGAAGCAGAAGAAAAGGAAGUUGAAGUGACCCGGACUAGGACUAAAGUUGUUCCCCUGCACUGUGACAUUAUCGGGGACCAGUUCUGGGAGGAAUAUCCUGAGAUUCUGGCUGAGGAUAGUUGAUAUCUCUGAUGAGUACAACUGGUCAUUUACACUUUCCUCCGCUUGGGUUGUUGGCAAGUGAGGAGUACGAAUGAUGGCUGGCAGUUUAACCUGUAACCCUCUUCAACAACUAUGCUUGGUUUAGCACUGUUGUUGCCUGAAAAGAAGACACUCGUAUGUUGUCUGACAUACAAGGAUAUGCCCGUAUGGAAAACUAAAAUCAUAGGAUAUUUUGAAUGUUAAGAAAUCAUAAAUGAAGACUG